AAAAUUUAAUUUCCCAAUUUUUUUUUUUCAAAAAGCCCUAAAAAAUUUAAUUUUUUCUUUUGCUUACAAAAUAAUCUGAUACAUUCAUGGCUCCAACUCCUAUACGUCAAAAUGGUGGAGUAACUUCACUAAGUAAUAAUACGCACUCUAAAUUUCUUAAAAUCGAUAUGCAUACCCAUAUUCUUCCUAAACAAUGGCCAGAUUUAAAGAAAAAAUUUGGUUACGGGGAGUGGAUACAGUUGGAUCAUUUUGAGCCUGGAAAGGCGAGAAUGGUAUUAAAUGGUAAGAAUUUUCGUGAGAUUAAAUGUAAUUGUUGGUCCGUAGAAGAUAGAAAACGUGAAUGUGAUAAAACAGGAGUUGAUAUUCAAGUAUUAUCAACAGUUCCAGUUAUGUUUUCAUAUUCCGCGAAACCACAACAUACGCUUGAAUUAGCAAGAUGUCUUAAUGAUCAUAUAGCUCAAGUAUGUAAAGAUGACCCAAAAAGAUUUGUUGGACUUUGUACUUUGCCAAUGCAAUCUCCUGAAUUGGCCGUUCAAGAAUUACGUAGAUGCAUUAAUGAGCUUGGUUUUGUUGGCGCACAAAUUGGAAGUCACAUAAAUGAUUGGAAUUUAGAUGCACCUGAACUAGAUCAAUUUUGGAAAGCCUGUGAACAACUUGAUGCAGCCAUUUUUGUUCAUCCUUGGGAUAUGGAAAAUAAAGGCAGGAUGGAAAAAUAUUGGUUUCCUUGGCUCGUUGGAAUGCCAUGCGAAACCACUAUAUCAAUUUGUUCACUUAUAAUGGGAGGAGUAUUUGAAAGAUAUCCGAAACUUAAAGUAUCAUUUGCGCAUGGAGGAGGAUCAUUUCUAGGAACAUUAGGACGUAUUGCGCAUGGAUUUAAUGUACGACCUGAUAUAUGUGCCUUAAAAAUUAAAAAGAAUCCUAUGGAAUAUUUAGAUCGAAUUUAUGUUGAUUCCUUAGUACAUGAUGAAGAUACAUUGCAUCUUUUGAUAAAAAAAUUGGGAAUUAAUAAAGUGAUGUUAGGAAGUGAUUAUCCUUUUCCAUUAGGAGAACAUCAUCCUGGUAAAUUAAUCGAAGAGUGUGAUUGGUUAACUAAUGAAGAUAAAGAAAAGGUAUUAAGUGGAAAUGCACUUAAAUUCCUCGGGAUUGAACAUAAAAGAGAUAUGUUUACUAAGGAAAAUAAAGAAAAGAAUGUACAAUAUAAAGAUAACUAAAAAAAAAUUAUUAAUAAUUUUUCUAAUAGAACGGAAAAAAGAUUUCUUAAAAGUUUGUGAUCUUUUAUAUUAAUUAUCAUAGGAUCUACAAGAGUACAAGACGUUAUGUAAUAACGAAAUGUUCUAACGGAACAUUUUUUUUUUAUUCUCUAUUUUAUAAAUAAUUUUUACUUUUUAAAUAAAUUUUUUUUUUACGGGGAUACCCGGAAAGUUUUAAAGAUAAUCUAUAUACAGAACUAUGGUAUAUAAAAAAUUAUUUUACUUUAUUUUAUAUUAUUUUUAUUAU